AUGGUUCCCAAUUUCAGCAGCCUGCUGGAAGUGGAAUGUCGGGACCAGAGGCUGCCUCGCCUGCCCCUGAACUCUAGCUCUGCCCCUCCCCAGGAGACCAUCCGGACUGCACUGGCCAUGGGAGCUGACCGGGGGGUGCAUGUGGAGAUCCCAGCCCCGGAGUACGAGACCAUCGGCCCCUUCCAGGUGGCCAAGAUCCUGGCCGCGCUAGCCAAGAAGGAGGGGGUCAGCCUGGUGCUGCUGGGCAAGCAGGCCAUCGACGAUGACUGCAACCAGACUGGGCAGAUGACAGCGGGGAGGGUGCUCCCUAACCCCCUUGGCCUGGCCCUGCAGGGGACCUUCGCCUCCGAACUGACGCUGGAAGGGCAGCAGCUGACGGUGGAACGGGAGAUCGACGGAGGCCUAGAGAGCAUCCGGCUCAAGCUGCCGGCCGUGGUGACAGCCGACCUGCGGCUCAACGAGCCCCGUUACGCCACCCUGCCCAACAUCAUGAAAGCCAAGAAGAAGAAGAUCGAGGUGCUGAAAGCCUCUGACCUGGGGGUGGAUCUCACCUCCCGACUGUCGGUGCAAAGCGUCCAGGAGCCGUCCCAGCGCCAGGCCGGCCUCAAGGUGGAGACGGUGGAGGACCUGGUGGGCAAGCUGAAGGAGAGAGGUUUGAUCUGAGCCCC